GUCACACACACACAUACACACAGAUAAGUUAGACCAUACAUUCAACCGUAACGGAAUAGGGGUUUUUUAACUGGAGUUUUGCGGGGGAUUUUCUACAUUAUCUAUUUCGAAAUUACCGAAUUAUUAAAAGUUGGCGGACCACCUUCUUUUUAACAACUGACAGUUGCGUUUUUUGAUUCUAAAAAUGGAGACGUUUAAAUUAGUUUUUUGGGUCAUGCCGGUGGAGUAAAGCGAGUGUGUUUGACUGGAGAAGAGGAAGGAGGAUUGGGACAUCGUUGAGAGGAUUUCAAAGAGGAAACCAUCCCAUACCGAGCAAACAUCAACUAAUGCGAGCACAAACAGACUUGGGUCUUGCUACCAGGAGCUAAUUUCUAGCUAACAACUGUUGAGUUUUGGGGGGUUUAAUGUGGCUGAGUUUGAGUCGAGUGGUUUUCUCCGCAAAUGACGUGGAAUAGCACGAUGAGCAGUGGCUACAGCAGUUUGGAGGAGGACUCCGAAGAGUACUUUUUCACGGCCAGGACCUCUUUCUUCAGAAAACCUUCGGGAAAAGUCACAGUGAGCAAGGAUGUGGAGAAGGAGAGAGAAUUACGGACAGAGUUCAGCAGGGAGGAAAUCAGGCAGAAGAUCGAGCAGUACAACAUGCUGACCAAAGACCACCUUAAAAUGACGCUUAAUCCUACUGGUGUGUAUACUGGUUUCAUCAAGGUCCAGAUGGAUCUGAGGAGGCCGGUGACAGUGCGGGGAGGUCAGAGAGGAGCGGGAGGAGCACGGGGGGAGGAGGCCUUCUAUCUGCCCAGAGGAGUCACCAACACCCUCCACAUCAGCUCAAAUAACACAGUCAGACAGGUGAUCGUCGCCCUGCUGGGCAAGUUCACAGUCGCAGACAACCCGGCCAAAUACGCCUUGUACAAACGCUAUCGCAGGGAGGAGCAGGUGUAUGUGUGUAAGCUGGCGGAUGGCGAGCAGCCGUUGUUUCUUCGUCUGGUGGCAGGACCCGAAGACGACACACUCAGCUUCGUACUAAGAGAACAACAGACUGGAGAAGUUAUGUGGGAUGCAUUCUCCAUCCCCGAGCUGCGGAACUUCCUGCGGAUCCUCGACAAGGAGGAGGAUGAGCAGAAGGAGGCGGUGAUUCGCCGCUACCAGGCCUACCGCCAGAGACUGCUGGAGGCGCAGAGGGAGGUCAGAGGGUCCUCUUAGAGGAUGACCCUCCAUGAAACAGGACUACUGCCCCCUAGAGGACGGAGGAGGUGGAUCAUUUUUGUUUUUCUACCUCCUCAGAGAAGAAAAAUAGUGUAAAUUUUGAUGGAGAGAGGGAUGUGAACGUAAAAUGAGAAUUGAGGAUCCAACGCCUGGAAGAAGUGAUGAUACAGACAGAAAGAGGGAUGGUCUAAAGAAGACAGAAAAUAAACUGACAGACGGCAAGCAAAGGAUGAACGGACAAAAUCCGGAUGCUGGAGUUUGAUCCAGCCUGGAUUAAAGAAUUCAGACCGCUGCCUGCUCACACCAAAGAUUCACUUAAUUGUGCCACAUUCAUUCAUCCUCUCUCCCUCUCUCCGUCCAUCCCUCUCUUCUUCUUUUUUUUCUCUCACGCUGUCCUGCUGUCAUAUAAUUUAUCGGAUUCCUCUACCUUUCCCCUCUUAUCCUUUUAAACUUGUGAAAGACUCAAGGCCAUAUGUUGAGUCAGAGUUUUAUUUAAUUUUGUUUGUUUUAAAGGUCUGUACAUAUUUUUUUUUUUUUUUUAUUUAUAUGGGUGAAGCUUUUUAUUGUUUUGUUAUUUUAAAACAAAAAAAGUCUUAUUUUAGUUUUUUUGUACAGAGGCGUAGCACCAAUCUGGUUGUUGACACAGACACGGAGAAUAGUUAAUCCAGACUGCUACUAUAUGUAAAUACAUGACGUGAGCAUCAGCUGUGGCUACAUGACAGGAAUACCAGAUAGUUUAGAGAAGACCAUGGAGGUAAAGAAGUCUUCAUCAUCUUUGCGUUUUGCUUUCAUUACCCUGAAAGUUGAGAAAUAUUUCCGAAGUAAGAAAGGAACAAGUAGCCUGAAUGCAUGCAUGGAGUCUCAAGUGUGCCAAAUUGUGUUUAGUUUUUUUUUUUUUAUUGUUUUGUUUUAUUUAUUAUUGCUUUUAAUAGAACAUAAAGAUGGCAAAAUAAACAAUAAAAUAACAGAACAGACAAGGUCAUAAUUUAGCAAGUCCAUUAUAAAUAAAGAAUCAAAUAGGGUUAUUUGGCUUUUUGUUAUUUAUAAUUUUUCAGGAUGCAUGUAUGCCAUCGUCCAUUACAUAUCUUCAAAGCAAAUAAGAACCAAAAUGUGACAUAUAUGUUGACUUCUACAUCAAUCAUCAUCCUGCUUUUAUCAUCUUUUACGUAUACAAUAUAGAAACUAAAAUAAAAAAUGUUUACUUCCAUUUUAUUUUUAUGUUUAAUUAUUUUGCAAUUUUAAAUAUUCAAUUAAUAAUUGCUAUAUUUUAUUAUUUUUAUUAUUAUUGGCACAUUUCAGACUCCAUAGUAGUUGGCGUGAAACUGAAUGUUGUAGAAGGAGGUACAGAGAAAUAAAAAGAGGUUAGGUUUCAUGUGACUGAAAACAGACGGACACAAACUCUACUGACACAUAAUCGAAGAGGAAAGGUUCUACGGAAAAACCAUAGCGUCAAAUAGAAGCUUAUGAGCACAGGGAGGAAUUUAGUUUUGGUUGUAAAGAUUGUUUGUUCUGGUGAGUGAAGACGAGUGACGAUGAUGAAGAUUAACUGGUUGGAUUUGAAGCCUUUGGUUGCGUUUUCACACCACCAGCACAGUUUUGGAUGGACCUCUGACCUUUGUAUGGUCAGAGGAGGGAAGAGUGAGAUUGACUGUUUCUGGAAGUUGACCGAGUAGUUUAGAGGAAGUAGACGAGAAAACAAUAGAUGGAGGAAGGAAGGAAAAAAUCCAGAAGACAUGGGAAAGACUGCUGUAAAAGCAGUGUGACCAUAACCUUGUAGGAGAGUGACCGGAUUAUCCUAGAACAAGUCACCGUGAUUAACUGCUUGUUCGCUUUUUGCAUUAAUGAAAGCUCCUGUAAUCCACAGCUGAGAGAAAAGGAGGCCUGUAAGUGCUGAUAGCUGCAGAAAACCGAGGAGGAUAGAACAACUGGCUGCAUUGUGUCUCCUGUCCAUCUGUCUGCAGGCAUUCAUUUAAAAACGCCUGUGUUUUUGUGCUCUUAUCUCAAGUUGAAACGUGCAGCCUUGACUUCCUUGUCAACCUGCUGUUUCAGCUUUUUUCUGGUGGAUAAAAGGAGAAAAUAUUAAAGAGGGAAACAAGGAAGGAAGGAAGGAAAGAAAGAAAGAAAAGAUGGUAGUAUUAAGGAUAUGAAUGAAAGAUAUGCAUCAGCAAGUGCAAAAGAAGGUAUAAAAGUUUAGGAGUUUUUGUGCAGUAAGGGUUCAUGAAAGUAAAUGGCUGCCUUAAAUAUAUAUAUGCUAUGUCGUCUUAAAUAUAUGCAGCGUAUCAUUUAUGGCUUAGAGACCAAAGAGGCUUUCUUUUCUCAGAAAAAUCUUUGUUUUUUUUGCUUUUUGAAUCAGCAGUAAUUCAGAUAUUUGAGAAAACAACAGAAAAACAAGUAGAGAUAAAUCACAAAGACAAUCAUUUGGACAAACUACAGAUCAGAUUAAAAUAUAUCAUUAGUCAUUAACAAAAGAUGUAUUGUACUGCAUUGUUUGAGCUGCAGGUACUGAAUGAAGUACAAUGCCACCAACUAGUGGACAAAUACUGCUACUAUUCUCUAAUUUCUGUGUCAAACUAUCUUAUAGAUUUAUUUUUUUUGUUAUAACCAAAGGUAUUUUUGUGGUGUUGCCUGGAGCAAAAAAUAUUAGAGCCCUCUUCCUACUGAAGGGAAAAAAAAACAUAUAUAGUUUAGAGUUUUAUUUAAAGGGUUUUAACCUUCGUUUAUGCUACUAUCAAACACUGGGUUAAUGCUAUGGAAGCAAAUAAAAAAAAGGUCAGAAAAAUUUGAAUCUUACAAGCAGCUGAAUGCCUAAUGUGGUUUUAAUACCCCUCUUUGACAUUCCCACCACGUCAUUUCAAGUUGUGCUGUACUCUGGAAACUUAAUUUUAGGGUUCAAAAGUUCAGAUAGAAAAUGUAAGUGUUUAAAAAAACAACUCGCAUAAAUUUGCCGUUCAGUCGCUCUUAAGCUCAAACUAUUUUGGCCUUCUUUUUUUUUUUUGCUUCCCUAUAAUAUAAUUAAAAAUGAUACGAAAGUCUGCAUGAAAACAGUCAAUUAAUCUUAAAGCCAUGUUGUUGUUUGUGUGUCUGAUGAACAAUGUUAAAACGCAUCAAGGACUGGUCGUAUCAAUACAUUUCGGGCACUUUAACUUUGAAUUCAGGGAAGACGGGUUUUUUGAUUUUUCUUUUUUCUCCUGUUUAAACUACCGCCAUGACAUUCUGACUUAAUCUUAACACCAUAUACACUAUAAUCUAUUUUGAAAGAUCUUGUUAAGCUCCACAAUAUUUUUAUUUUUUUUAUUUUAACAAAUGGAAGUACAGUGUGACAGAAGUUAGUUAUUUUAAGCUCUUUUGUUUUUUGUCUCAACGAGCUUCCGUAUACUUUGAGUUUAGCUGUAGACUGUGAAACGUUUUGUUGAAUCGCGCAUGUGUUCCUGUUUUGUCUCUCUUUACAUAUAUGCUUACUGUACACACUACUGGGCAUGCUCCAAAUUAAAGCAUGCGUUGUCGUAGAUAAAACGGGGUCAGGCGGCAUUUGGAAAUACAUUUUUGGAGUGACAGUGAUUGAAAACAUGUUUUUCAAAUGCUGUCGGAUCUGCUCGGAAUAUAAAUUAGGCUUUAUUAUGAAAAGCUUUUGGGCCAGUAGUGUUAAUGAAUGAAGAGCUGAUAUAUGACACCUGGUAUGUAUUCAGAUAUCUUGUUUUAAGGCUGUUCAAUCGUGACAAAAUAUUCACAUGGUUUAUCGUAUCUAGUUUCUCCAACAAUUGUCAUGUUUCACCACAUAAUGCUGAUUGUUUAAUUGCUGAUGAGAUGUGGUUCAAAGUUUUGGGAAAACAAGUUUAGUAGUGUGCUUCCUAGAAUUUCUUUUAUACAUUCAGUUUUGUCUGGAGCUUCAACAAUUAGUCGAGAUAAAUCAAUGAGUCGAUCAUAAGACAGAUAUUCUGAAACUAUUUUGAUCGUUUAUCAAGUAAAAAUACAUGCCAAACCUGCUUCUGUUCCAGCUUCUCAAAUGUGAGGACUCGCUUCUUUCUUUUGUUUUAUAUGUUGAUAAACUGAAUAUCGUUGAGUUUGGGACUGUCCGCACAAAACAACCAGUUUUUAAUAUGUUGUCGUUGGCUCUGGGGAGUAAUUAUCGGCAUUUUCUGCUGUUUUCUUACAUUUUAUAGGCAUACAUUUGUUGGUUCCAGACUCUCAAAUGUGAGUAUUUCCUGGUUUUCUUACACUUUUAUGGCGGCGCUUUCAGUGCACUUGUGAUAUGAUUUCUUUGACAGAUUGGCUGAACUGUAUAACAACAACACAGCCUACCAUAUCUAUAAAAUAUAUUGCAGAUAGAGAUGUAAAGAUAACACCAUUUAUUAUUUAGUCUAUCAGUCUGAUUUUAUGGAGUCCCAAGAGUGCCCCAAAACUUUUAAUUAAAGAUAUUUAAUAAGAUUAUCUUUUUAACAAAACCAUUUUUGUGCAUCCCAAAAUAUUUAGAUGUUGUCAGUGAAUAUAAAGUAGACAUAUCAGCAUUAAGUGGUGUAAAAGGACAAUUGGAAUUAUGCUCGAUACAAGAAUGUUUAUUUGCUUUGUUGUGGUUUUAAAAAUCGCACAUUUAGAUGGCAGCUGUUCUGGAGCUUUUGAUCAUUUUACAUGAUCUUCAUCAGCAAAUGGAACUUUAGAAAAUCUAGUUUCCAUUUUUUCUGAGCAAUUGAACUGUAAGUUCUUUUCAUCCAAAGCUGAGGUUCAAAGUGUAUUCAUAUUCUUGGAAACUUAAGAAAACAAACUUAUGUCGUGAUUAUUUAAUAUGAUUGAAAGCUCCAGAACGGCCACUACUAAAUGGGCCUUGUUGUGAGUUUUCUCAGCAGCUCCUAAAUUAUAUAUCUGACCUAUCAGUUUAAAGUUCCUAGCAGUUUGUAGGCUCUUAAGAUCUUUUGUUUUGUGCGAUAUGUGUCUAGUUUGAACAUCCAGAGACUGUAAUGUCAAAUGCCAAAGAUCUGUGUAUAGCUCUUCUGCCAUUUAUUGAUAUUGUUUCCAAUUAUGCUGUUUUUUGUUGAUUUAUAUAGAGAACAGAUCAGGUGUCUCAUAUGAUGAGAUCCUCGUAAGCAUCCGAGCUCAGAAACACAAAGUUCUCUGUUUGUUUUACACACAAAAAAAGGUCACAGGUUUUAAUUUCAGACCUGAGCUGCAUAAUCCAAAAUGAUUGUCGUGUUUAGAUUCGAAAGAAAGGAUGAAAAGAAGAUGGUUCAUAAUGACACAUUAUCCUUUUUUUUUCUGUCAAUCUGUCUACUCACGAUUAUAGUCAAUGGAAGCUAUAUUUUAGUGCAAGAUUUAGUUGAAGUUUGGCUUUUGAGCUCAGGUCUGAAAGCUCUGACCGCCGCAGUGCCUUUUUUAAAGUUUGAAAGAAAAACAAAGCUGUAGGAGGAACGGAGGGUUUCAUCACAUCUUGCUUUUUGUUGCAGUUCUCUCUGCAGGCGAAAGCGGUUAACUUGAGGCAGGUUUAUUUUUGUCGGUAUCUUGUGAUUUCUCUUUAAAUCGUUACCAAAUGUGGCCUUUCCUCAACACAAGGCAGGCUGCAGCUAUUAAAGGUGAAAUUAAAACAAAA